GUUGCAAAACCCAUACAAAAGAAACGAUUGAAACUGAAUAUAAAUUUAGAACGGAAUCACAUUUCGUCUUCUAUUCCUUCUUUUUGUAUUGUAGAUUGUGAGUUCGUCAGUCUUUUUCCCAUGGGUGACUCCCUAAUUUCCUGGGCGUGGAUUUUGAGCAGCUUUCAGGAUCAUAAUGAAAGCAUUUCAAAGGAAGCAUUUGAGAGUUUAUUAGCAGAAAGGAUUUCUGCAUUCCAAAAUAUUCGACAUCCUUUACGGGGAAGCGUGCAACCUUCAAAAUCUACUGAUGGACAAGACGAGGAUUGCAUUCUAUAUUUGUAUAAUAAGUCAUACUCCGUAAAAAAGUCCCAAAAGGAUUUAGCAAAGAGACUGUCCGACCUAACAAGCUUCGAUGAAGCAGAUGUUCUUAAUGUAAUUCUCUCUCAUAGUGAAGAAUUUGCGCCUCAGCGUGCCUCAUACUCAGACGAUGACGUUCUGCUUGUGCAGGAAUUUCAAAAAAGGUACUACGCCGAACUUUUUUCGUGUUGGAAGGUAUUUGUCUGUUUACUCCGUGCUUGUGCAGAUCCAAACCAUUUUUGGUACAAAACGUCUAAAUAUAUAGUUGUCACAGCGUUAGACAAAUCCAAGUCGCUAAAUCCUGGGGAACCAUCCGCUUAUUCUGUUGAUUUAGUUGCCUAUCUCAAUGAACUUUCAGAUCAGGCUGCCCCUAUCCAAUAUAGUAUACUAGGCGAAACAACUUUAGCCCAUUGGUAUUUCUUCUAUUUUCAUUUGCAGUUGCAAUUACUCCGGGUAUUGUUUCUUUUGACUUAUUCCCUCCUGCCUUGUACAUCGGAACUCGCUAUUACUUGGUUUUCUUGCAUGAAGAAGACAAGAUUUUUGCAUGACCAAGAGUUUAUGCAUCUGGACGUGGAAACAGGAUUUUCUUUAUGUAAUAAGCUUACUUAUCUCGCUACGGUCAUUUCAACAACCAUCAUUUCUUUAGACAAACAAGUUUUACCGUUUGAAGAGCAAAAGUCUUUCUUCAUGACAUCCGGAGAUUGUAUUUUGAAAAUACAAGACAUAAUGGCAAGCUUCCAUGACGACCCAAUUAGCUCGCCAACAGCUUUAGCUUGGGGUAUCGCUCUUCAUAAUCUUCAUAAUAGCCCAGAGAAUCUGAGCGUUGUUGACAAGGCUGGUGUCAUUUUGAAGGCUCUAUUUGAAAACCCGCACGCAUCUUAUCAGAGUUUGGUUGUCUCAGCUGUUAAACUUGAUCCUUUUUCUCUUAUAAAUUCCAUUUUGGUUGGACUGCAGAAUGAUGUGAAUUAUGAUGGUUAUUCGGUUAUUAUGGCUGUUCUGUUUGCGGAUGCUAUCUCUUAUGUUAAAUUUUCAUCUUCUGUCAUCCUAUGUGCUACCACUCUUUUUAAGAUCCCCCAAAUUUUUGAGAUGUAUUCAGAUGUUGAAAGUGUAGCUCAUUUGUUCUCUUAUGCUCGAGCUAGAUUUCCUUUCGAAUUGUCCCAGUUUCCGCUUUUGGUUGCUCCCGUUCUUUCUUCUUUAAAUCUACAAAAGCCACUUAAUACAGAUUCUAAUAUUAUAAACACCUUCACUCAAGUCCUUCCGAAGGGGUUUAAAUCCUACGAAAUUAUUCCUGAGCCGAAUGUUACUACUAACGUUCUUAUUGAGUUGCAAGAUUUGUUACCAUUGGAACAAUCUGGGUUUUUCUUUCCCAAUAAGGAAAAAGCCAUUCCUAAAGGUACUAGAGGUAGGAUUGUGUCCGUAGAUACCUUCCCUCCGAUUGUCAUGUGGGAUGUUGUUUAUCCACGUUGGCCUUGUAUUGGUAUUUCUUUAGAACACAUUGUGAGAAAUAAUUUAUAUCGUGUGCAUGAUGAAUAUUUUGCGACAUUCUUGCGAACCUUGGUAGAUUUAUUUAAAUCUAACUCUGAUCAAAUAUGCGAACUAACUCAAGCAAUUUCUCUUUCAUUGGAAGGUGAAUAUGAGUUUAUUGAUCUUAUUUUUAAUGUUUUAGACCACUAUCUGUUAACUCCCAGCUUACAGGAUACGGAAUACCAAAUAUGUGUUUUAUCGUGUGAACUCCUUUGUUUGUUUGUUCAUAUUGAACCAACUAGCGUAUGGGCGUAUGCAAGUCGGUCGUUGGAAAAGAUCCUGUCUUUGGAUAAUGUAAUUUUUCAACAUGAAUCGCUGACUGGUAUAUAUGACUUCACUUUAGUUUUCUUUGAGCUUUAUGAAUUGCUGCUCGACAAUUGCAUAUCAAGAUCUGUCGUUGCUGAUGACUUUUCCAUAAAUUUAAAAGGAGGGUUUGUUAGACAUACUAUUCAAUGUCUCUUCGAGAUUUUUGCCAAUUUCCUCGAUUGGAGAUACUCUAAGAUCAUCCAACAAUAUCAAAUUGGCAACCGAUUCACAAGUAUAGUGACAAAGUUACUUAACGCAAUAUACGGUAUUGAGUACUUUGGCAGCAAGUUCACAAAUAAGAGGAUUUUACCAUUGCAACAGUUGGGAAACUAUAUAGUGCAAAGAUUCUUGGUACAGCAAGAUGCUACACGUUAUUUGCAUCCCUUACUUUCAAUACUAGAUCGCAUUAGUCCUUUAUAUAACGAAAUCUUCUCUUCCACAGAUGAUGAUCUUGCCGAAGCUGCCGAGAAAUGGCUUGUUUCGUCUUUAAAAACAAUGCAGACUUUAAUUGACUUGAGGGGUUACUUAAAGCUGAAGCCAUCAGAAUUAGAAAGAAACUUGUUUUCUCGUUCACCUCAAUUGUUUUACGCUUUACCUCAAAUUUACCCUUGCGUGUCUCCAAUCCUCAAACUGCUUACUUCUUUAAUUCUCGCCCCUUGGCCAUCCGAAACGCCUUCCCUUUUGGCGUACAUGGUUAAUUCUACUGAUGUUGUAGGACGCGUUUGCGUACAUUUAUUGAACAAUCCUGUACAUUCAAGCAAUAUCGAAGGGUGUGUUUGGAAGUUUUUGUCUUCAAUAAUGAAAGGCCAGCAGCAGGGCUUGGCUGUUCUUCUUUUUUCUGGUAAAAAGUUCCCUUUAGAGAACAUGAAAAGCUUAAGGCACAAUGAGCAAACCCAAAUAACAUCAAGGAGCCUCAUUAAUCUGGCUGAAAAAAGAUUGGAUAACUUUUUUAUUAACGAUCUUUCUUCACAAGUACCUAUUAUCGAGUUUAUAUUUUUAUCGAGGAAUUUUUGGUCAGCUUCUUAUGGGACGGCCCAACAAGAAACAGAUUUCUGGAAAAAGGUUGUUGACGCAAUUAAGCUCCCAAUAACAGUUCCAAGUUCAGCAUUAUCGGAAACAUCCAGAGCGGAUCUUUUUGUUUUAGCUGCGCACGCGGUAAGGAUUGCAGCUAUUCAAUUGCAUAUCUCAAAAUUCAAUAAAAGUGUUAGCGCGAAAAAGCUUGUUAUCGAUCCGUUAAAAGAUUUUAUCAAUGACCUCGUGCGAACAGCAUAUACAAUAACGACUUAUGACCCAUCAGUCUUCGAAACAUUAAAUCAAAACUUUGAAGAGUACCAAAACGAAUUUAAUUCAAUGUCUUUAAAAUCUACAGGAGUUACAGCCCCUCUUUACGGAAGAAAUUAUUUUUAUAAUGUACAUCUUGCUAAAGCAAUGUUGUCUGUUUACGGCAACAUUGAGCCUUUGAUUGGUAGUAUAGAGAGCGUUAAUAUUGCUCUUUCUACAUUAGAUGCACAAACUGCACUACUUCGGUCAUGGGGUAUAUUCUUGGCCGCAUUUGUUGAUUUCGUUAAAGAGGAUAAUACAUUAUCUUUCCUGGAUUUCGAUGUUAUGAACUGGAUCCUGGAGUCCCUUGAAAAUGAUACUGUUGACUCAUUCAUUAUUAGAGAUUUAUCUAUAGAGAGAGCAGCUUUGGUUUUUCAUAUAUCACAAAAUGCGAUUUUAGCACCGUACAGUGACCAUUUGAGAGAACGCUUAGAAACUUUGAUGUUGCUGACGUGGCGGGCAUUAAGCACGGAUAAAUUCUCGUUGUUUGAAAGUAACAAUGGGUUUCAAAUGAACUAUUACCGACCUUUAUUUCAAGUUCUGUACAACGGUUUAAAUAAGCUCCUCUCUGUUCCCAAUGUGAGUGUGAAUCUUGAGGUGGGUGUUGUUUCUGGAAUCCUUUCGAUGUGUCAUCGUAAACUGUCCCAAUUAUUUCAGUAUGCGAUUACGGAGCCAACGCCGGAUGUGCAUAGUGAUAUUGUAUUAUUGAAUGCUAUUCAAAGCGUAAUAGUGAACUCAACUUUAAUGAAGGGGCUGCAGUCUCUUUAUAUCAGUUUCAUUAUGGACUAUUCAUCGAUCGAAAAUUGUCUCCGUCUGUUUUCUUGGUCCCAUGCGUUAUUGAUAGACGGCCAGCCAUAUUUUGCAGACGCCGCAAUGUCAUUUUUGGUCACUUGCUCUUCUAUACCAGCUGGCGCAGAGCAGGUAGCGUUUCAUGGUGUAUUCCUUGCAGUUGCGGAAAGCCCAUUGAGUAGUUCAUUGAAAACAGGAGGGCUUGGUGCUGAUGUCUCGUCUGUUCAAUACAAGUUAUGGAUUCGGGGAAUACUUCCUUUGCUGUUUAAUAUUGUUAAGUAUCUUGGUAACCGUAUCAUGAACGAUGUCAGAGAGUUGAUACUUUUGGUUUUACCUCAAAUACAGUUUUCAUUCUUGAAUUGGUCUCAACCACCUUCUUCAGUUUCAUUGGCGUCUAUAGAUGAGUCUUUUAUGCUGGUCUUAUUAAUGGACCUUCUACAGUAUUUUAAUCCAGCGUUACUACAAGAAAUACGAGUGUCAGAACUGAAGGCGGAAAUGCUGAAUGGUAUUGAUUACCUUAUAUCUCACCCUAAUUUCCUUUCUAGUUUGGCAGAACCUGCCACCUUGUAUGAGCAAGAAUACGCCAUUGAGGUUAUCGGAAUACCAAAAGAGGAAACUGAGGCUUCGAAAGAGACCAAAACACAAUUCGCUAAACUAAUCCGUAUGCAGCUGGAUAAAUUACGAGCUCAACUUGAAUCUUCGUAAAUGAAUAUGAUUUAUACGGAUCCGUUUCGUACAGAUUUAGGUUCUUUGCCAUCGUUACAGAAGGCGAUAGAGAAAAAGUUAUUUAAGGGAAUAAAUGGUAUCAUGGAUUAAUUGACUAAUGAUUACAUCUGCGUGGUGUAUUAAAAGACCGAGGCGC